UCCUGUGCUAGUCCACGCACGCACGUGACGUCGUACGUCGCCCCACCCACCCAGUAAACCACCUUGCGUAUGGAAGUAUGGCGGCCCCAGCUACAGAACUACUACUCGGCCAAAGUUUACUGCUGCGAUUUUCACGUGAAAGCUAUGAAUAAGUACGAGAGCCAGGGGUUUGGUAACGAAGAGCUCGGCGACUGUGAACAGAGGAAAGGACUUGUAAAAAGAGUCGUCGCUCUCUGCCCGGCUGAGUUGCCUCGAUUUGCCUUGAUUGAAGUGCCUUUUAGUCCGGGUACCGCAGGGGAAGAAACUCCGCAAGACGAGAAAAGUGGACACGGAAGUUUGAAACCAACUGUGGCUUUGGAAAGACCAGCUGCAAAGUGUUGAAAGGGUGGCGGUCAAAUCAUGUUUUUGUGAGACGUUUAAGUGCACUUGUCGGCGGUUUCCCUACCAGCGAGCCAGCGACAGCCAACUGUUGCCUGCUUGGUGUGCAUUUAAGGGUCUGGCGCUGCAUACCACCAGCAGUUGGUUAGCUUUCAUGGCUAUCUCCAACAUUAGCUUAAGGUCGCCAGCUAACAAAUCAUAUAUAUGUUUCUGUGACCGUAUCGUUGUGAAAUGUCCUGUAAAGCACUCACACUCCAUUAAUGCAUGAUAAACAGAGACCUACUGGAGCAUCACUGAUUUGUGUUGGUGACCUCCAUCACCUAAAUUCUGGGAGGGGAGUGCUCGAGCCAGGGGAACGGAUUCUUUUCUUUUCCCAAUCUCCUCUUUUCCUGGUGGGCAACUGAGUCCAGCUUGGAGAGUCCCGGCUGCGGCCUGGCACCCUGCCCUUAUGGGGCAGCAGCCGGGGAAGCUUGUAGGGGACCAGAGGAGACCCAGUUUGCCGGCCUUCAUCAAGGGCUCGAAGAAGGAAUCAUCACGCCAUGGGAACCAGCCCUGUAAUGUUUUUGCUGUGCACGAAGCUCUCCAGAAGCCAGAAAUUGAGGGUCAGGGUCUGACAGAAGCAGCCCGCUGGAACUCCAAAGAGAACCUUUUGGCUGGACCCAGUGAGAAUGACCCCAACCUGUUUGUUGCCCUCUAUGAUUUUGUGGCCAGUGGUGACAACACUUUAAGCAUUACUAAAGGGGAGAAGCUGCGUGUGCUGGGUUACAAUCAUAACGGCGAGUGGUGUGAAGCACAGACCAAGAAUGGCCAAGGUUGGGUGCCAUCCAACUACAUCACCCCAGUCAACAGCCUGGAGAAGCACAGCUGGUACCAUGGACCCGUGUCACGGAACGCGGCAGAGUACCUGCUCAGCUCGGGCAUCAACGGGAGCUUUCUGGUCCGUGAAAGCGAAAGCAGCCCCGGUCAGAGGUCCAUUUCUCUGCGGUAUGAGGGGAGAGUGUACCAUUACAGGAUUAACACUGCGUCUGAUGGCAAGGUGGGUAUCAGUGGUGAGAAAGAGNNCAACACACUGGCCGAGCUGGUGCACCACCAUUCCACCGUGGCCGACGGCCUCAUCACGACACUGCACUACCCAGCGCCGAAGCGUAACAAGCCCACCAUCUAUGGAGUUUCUCCCAACUACGAUAAGUGGGAGAUGGAGCGCACUGACAUUACUAUGAAGCAUAAACUAGGAGGGGGCCAGUAUGGGGAAGUGUACGAAGGCGUUUGGAAGAAGUACAACCUCACCGUGGCAGUCAAGACGUUAAAGGAGGAUACGAUGGAGGUGGAGGAGUUUCUGAAGGAGGCUGCGGUUAUGAAAGAGAUCAAACACCCUAACCUGGUGCAGCUGUUAGGCGUGUGCACACGGGAGCCCCCGUUCUACAUCAUCACAGAGUUCAUGACCCACGGUAACCUGCUGGACUACCUGAGGGAGUGCAACAGAGAGGAGGUCAAUGCUGUGGUGCUGCUACACAUGGCCACACAGAUCUCCUCUGCCAUGGAAUACCUGGAGAAAAAAAACUUUAUACACAGGGACUUGGCAGCCCGUAACUGUCUCGUUGGGGAGAACCACCUGGUGAAGGUUGCAGAUUUUGGCCUGAGCAGGCUGAUGAUUGGAGAUACCUACACGGCUCAUGCCGGGGCCAAGUUCCCGAUCAAGUGGACAGCUCCAGAGAGUCUGGCUUACAACAAGUUCUCGAUUAAGUCUGAUGUCUGGGCAUUUGGUGUGCUGCUGUGGGAGAUUGCCACAUAUGGCAUGUCUCCUUACCCUGGCAUCGACCUGUCCCAGGUCUAUGAACUGUUAGAAAAAGACUAUCGUAUGGAUCGACCAGAGGGCUGCCCCGAGAAGGUCUAUGAGCUCAUGAUGGCCUGUUGGAAGUGGAACCCUUCAGAACGUCCAACUUUUGCUGAAACCCACCAAGCCUUUGAGACCAUGUUCCAGGAAUCCAGCAUCUCUGAUGAGGUGGAAAAGGAGUUGGGAAAGAAAGGAAAGAAGACAUUAGGCUCCAUCCAGCAGGCUCCGGAGCUGCCCACCAAGACCAGACCUCGCAAGAGCAACAUAGACAGCCGAGAUACAGAGAGCCCAGAUCUGUUGGAAACGGAGGGGGCUGUGUCGUCACCCAUGCUCCCCAGGAAAGAGCGCCCCCCCCUGGACAGCAACCUGAAUGAGGACGAUCGCUUGCUGCCCAAGGACAAGGACAAGACGCGUGGCUUUCUCAGCCUCAUCAAGAAAAAGAAAAAGAGUGCGCCAACUCCUCCCACACGCAGCUCCUCUUUUAAAGGAGACUGCCUCUCUGACAGGAGGUGCGUUACUCAAGAUCCUCGAGACAGUGACAUCUUUAACAACGGGGCAUCAUUGGGCAUUAAUGACGCCAUACAUGGCCUCCACAGUACGAAUAAUAAUGGAGCAGCAGGUAUAACUAAUGGGGCUCCUACCUACCCAGUACCUUUUUGCCCUAGAAAGAAGUUACCUCUUGUAGUGACUAGCCCAGGUGGAAAGGGAGCAACAACUCCACCUAGUGAGGAGGAACCCUUUUCUAACUCUAGGUUUUUCUGGUCCAUGCCCACUGGCUCAGAUGGCACAGAAUGUAAGUCUGUCACACUGCCGCGAGAUCUGAGCCAUCGCCGCUUCGACACAGGCACCGUCGGGGGCAAGCCAGCUCUGCCACGAAAGCAGCAGAAAGGAGAGAAUGCGCCACGGAUGGGCACCCUGACUCCCCCACCACGCCUGAAUACAUCUCCAGAUAUUUCAUCCACCUUCUUAGGCAGAGAUAAUGAUCUCAGUCCUGGUUCCAGUCCCAAGGCUUUGACACCUAAGGUGGUGAAGAGACCCAGUGUGUCAGGGCCAGAAAGCUCCAAGACCAGCGCUCUGCAUGCCGAGCUUCUGAAGCCCAAUGUGUUCCCUCCUAUGGGAGCAGCUGGAGAAGAAUGCAGGGCUCGCAGAAACAAGCACACGGAGUUCUCCUCCAGUAGGGAUCGAGUAAAAAUACAGAAACCCAAGCCAGCCCCACCUCCACCACCCACUAAUGCAAAAACGGGCAAGGUCUCCCGCAGCCCCACUCAAGAGCUCCCCUCCCCGACUGCUUUAGAAAUCAAAGCUAAGUGCCUCCCUUCCAUCUCAGAUCCCCACCACACAGCCACUCCCAGUGACCAAGCCCGCUUACCCCUGAGUGAGGCCUCCAAGAAGCUGCCCUUGGGCUCCACCUCUAAACCUCAACCGUUAAAGACCUCCGCCUCUUCCACUUCAGUAACCAGCUCCCCCUCCAGCCAGAGCCUUGGAGGUUUGUCUUCUCCCCUCACCUCCCCCAACGAUCCAAAUUCACCUACUGCAUUCACCCCUCUAGCGAAAACCCGAUCCUCCCUCCGCAAGACUGCACCCCGCCAGGCCUCCGAGCGCACUCCAAACUCAGCCGUGACACGCGAAAUGGUGCUGGAGGGCACCGAGCUGCUCCGCGCCGCCAUUUCCCGCAACUCCGAGCAAACGGGUAGCCACAGCGCCGUGCUGGAGGCCGGCAAGAACCUGUCAAAGUACUGCGUGAGCUAUGUUGACUCCAUUCAGCAGAUGAGGAACAAGUUUGCCUUUCGCGAGGCCAUCAACAAGCUUGAGAGCAGCUUGCGAGAGCUUCAGAUCUGCCCCAAUGCCACGGGGGGCUCGAGUGCACAGCAGGACUUCAGCAAGCUGCUGUCCUCCGUCAAAGAGAUCAGUGACAUUGUUCAGAGGUAGCGCCUAGAAUAUGACACUAUCAGACAUAAAAAUGAUAACAUUUUAUGUUACACUACCCUUCCCCCCCCUCUCCAUGCAUGUGGGCCAACUGUUACCCAGGCCCAGCUCAUGCUGGAGAGCAGCAGAGGUGGAGGUUCACACAUACUCUAGUAUGUUCUGAAACACUUAAGCAUGUGGUUACUCCGGACUGAAUCAAAGAAAGCUUUAUGUAGAUGCCAUCAGACAGUCUGUAACAUUGAAAAGCCUUAACUAUGAAUAAACACUGUCAUUUGGCCUUCACAUGAGGCGAGGGGCCAAAUCUUUCAUCAACGUAACCUUUCAUGGUUGAUUUUUCUUUUUGAAAUGAUCAUGUCUUAUGUUUUUGGUUUCUUCCCUUUAUCACUGACUCGAGUAUUAAAAGAAAAGACCUGUGAUAAUUGUUUCCAUCACUGUUAGUGUUUCAUUUUUUUUAAAUCAUUAAUGCUGACAACAGUGAACAAAAACAAAAAUGCUUAACCUCAUCUUGUAGUUUGCCUUUGUAACACAAAUGCCAUUUUUAAAUGUAAGCGUUAAGGAACUUUUCUCACAGUGUUUGUAAGACUCUGUGUUUUGUCCCACAUGCCCCUACAUUUUCUUGUUUUUUUUAAUGCCAUCAAUGUCUGGUUGUGUGCUGAGUGAUGGAAUUGUGUCAGUGUUUUUGUAUGAAUGCUCUUCUGCAGUAUUUGCAACCACGUGCCAUAAUGUUAUAAUGGGAGCGAGCAAAUGAGGCAGGAUGAGCCUCUAGCCUUCACAGUUCUGCUUUUCUGCACACUUGGGUAACAAUUAGUGCCUUAAACACUUACCGGCAGAGCUGUUCUUACUCUUGACACUUUACAAGUGCAGAAACGUGGUUGAGAAUGGCUGUUUUUAGGCGUGUUUCUUGGAUUUCCAUGUCUGCCAUACCAAAAAAAAAAAAACCUUUGUUUCCAGUCUAUACUGGGAGAGGGACCAGGGUUCUCAGUGGAUCUGUUGAUUUGCAUUGUCCUUAGACUGGACUUCUUUUUACUAAACAAGUUUGAUUCAACUUUCACUACAUGUCAUAAAAGCCAUCAGUAGCAGACUGGCCCCGCAGCAGCACGCCGUCUGAUCUGUUAGGAGGGGGUAACAGACUGAAACAGCGUUUCCGACUCUGACGGGCCUUCCUCGCAUGUUCGAAUGGUCUGAAUGCUAUUUUGAGGCCUUUUCACCCCAGAGGAAAAAAAAUCCUGGGGGAAACACUGGACUAAAAUGUUUAUGGAGCUAUCACUUGCUGUGCUACAAAAUGAUGUGAGGAGGUGACCAAUACGGACUGAAAGAACUCGUCAGAUUUCACUUUCACCACGUUCUUUCCUCACUUGCAUCUCUCGCACAGUGUCAGUAUUUGUGUUGUCGUGUCAUCCCCGUGUGCCCCGUCUGACUGCGAUGCCUGAGGACAAAAAUCAACUGCUAGUUGCCUUGACUUCAACAUGGUACUGUCAGUGUUGGCUUCUUUUAAAAAAAACAAAAAAAAAAAGGACGAAAAACUUCCUGUACCAACCAUACCACUACUCGAAUUUUGUGUCCAAGCCUGCUCGCCAAUUUUGUACACAAACUUUCACUUGUAAAUGUCGCCCCCCCUCCCUUUUCUCCCCUUGGUGCAAUUUUCGUUGCAAUAAAAACAAAGCAGUUGUGCUACUUGAAAUACA